CACUUUGCCGUGUACAUUUCGAAUUGAGUUGGCAAACGAGGCACUCACAGUUACGUCACCCGGCUAUACCCUGCCGCCUGCUCUUUCGACUCUCUCUUGUCGCUCUUUACAAUCCUGCUUCACCGGGCACCGGAUCGCUGCGCUUCAACCUGCCUUUCACUGCGGCGCACAACAGCUUCAGCAAGCACCAUGAUUCCCGAUACCGACACGAGCGGGGCCCUGCAGCAUCUCACCCGGGUGCUCGAUAGUAUGCGCUCGGCCAAAGAAGUCAAGGAGGCUAAGGAAGAAAUGGAGCGUGUGAAGCCUGAGCUCGACCGCUGGUCUGAAGAGCAGACAGUUCUCCAACAGCAGAUCGACGACCAAUUGAGGGCUCUUGACGACUUGGAUAUGUCUGACGUCCAGAAGGUCAAAGACAGGUUGGAAGCCAUCGACGAGAUGUUGAAGGAACAACGUCUCGGCACACCGCGCGAUCAUAAUGUGACGAUGCGCUGGAGCCAUGCUAUUCUGAGGAUGUGCCGAGCCUGGAGCGAUUGUGCGGAUGCUCGCGCAGACUGUCUUCCCCCGGGAGAAGAGAUCUGCAUUCAAAAGUUGUCCGACUGUGGCGAGAAUGCGAGGCGUGAGCUGGCACGAGCCUCAACGGAGACAGAGUAUGGGAAGACUCGAGAGGAGUGGGCUCGUCAGUAUGAGCUUGCUCAGAACGAGGCUUCAACGGCAUCGCAGAAGAAGGAAGACCAGGACGAAUGUCAGAGUGCAGAUCACGGCGGAGGUCAACUGGAAGCCCAGCACGGAGGUCAGAUCGAUGGUGGUGCCGAAGACGUGAUUGGGAGUCAAGCCGGAGGUAACAGCGAAGCUCACGUUGCCGACCACAGCAAAGAGCAUACCGAAGGUCACGACGGAACUCAGGUUCACGACCACGGCGGAGCUCGCGCUGAAGACCAUGGCGUAGCUCAAGUCAACGACUCUGUGGGGCAGCGUGAGAAGGAGUAGGCGUAGCUCCACGGAGACUCAGCGGAACGUUGUAAAUGGUGAAGCGUUCGGAUCGGCGAUGGAAGGGACGCUCGGUUUAGACGUCUUCCGCGGACUAUCAAAGGCGAUACCUGAGAGAUGAGAGGGAGAGCACAGACAGAUGUCUGCGAAGCAAAGCACAGUAGCUCGUUG